AUGGACGAACCCCCUAGUACAUUACUUGAAACAACCUUGGAACAACCCCUUGUUACAUUGACUGAAACACUUGAGUCAACCCCUGCCUAUAUACCAAUAAUUGAAAGCCCUUUGACUGAACCAAUGAUAGGAAGCACAUGUCCUAAUGUUGCUGGUUGGGAUGAUACAUUUGAAUGGUGUGAACCUUUUGGUGGGACUCCUAUGGAACAAGAUGAACCAAAUAGUGAAAAAGCAGGUGAAGAUAGUCAAGCUAGUAAAGACAGUCAUGAUAGUGAUGACAAUGAAGAUAGCGAAGACAGUCAAGAUAGUGAUUACAUAGUUGAUGAAGAUAAUUUGUUAGAUGAUCCAGAGGUUGAUAUGAAGAAAUUUCACCUCAACAUUGACAAAGAGGUGGAGUGGGUUGGAAGUUUUCCUGUUGAUCGAGAUGAAGCAGUAGAAGGUGAUGAAGAAUUAGAGGUUAUAAACACUGAAGAAUUUGUAUCUGCAUCUUCAUCAGAUGAGGGUGAAGCUAGUAAAAAAAGGAAGAAGAUAAGAGAUUUACAAAGAGCACAUAAGAAUGAAGCAGCUGCUGUCAAAGAUCCAUUUUACAUCCACCAGACUUUUAGCACAGCCAAGGAAGUUAAACAACAAAUUUAUCUUCAUUGCAUACAUAGUAGAAGGGAGUUAGACUUCGUCAAGAAUGACAAAAACAGGAUUAGAGUGGUUUGCAAAGGGACAAUACCAAACCUUGGGAUAUUAGAAACAGGUGGGACCAGCAAAAGUAAUGACAAAGUGGGAUCCGGUCAAAAGAAAAAGAAAGUGAAAGAUGGUUCUAUUCAUAAAUGCCCAUGGGUCCUACUAGUGAGUAAAUGGAAAAAAGACAUUAACUGGACUGUUAAGACCUAUGAAGAGCAACAUACAUGCUUUCAAACAAGGAAAAUUAGGGCGUGCAACUACAAGUUUCUCUCUGAACAGAUUGUUGACACAGUGGAGGCAAACCCAGAAAUACCACUUAGAGCAUUAUGUGAGAUGCUUGAGAAGAAAUACCAAGUUGGAUUGUCAGACAUGAAAGUUCACAGGGCGAAAACCAAAGACCUGGAAUCAAUUAGGGGAGAUUUUGCUGCUCAGUACUCAUGUCUAAGAGACUACUUACAGGAGGUGCAUAGUAGAAAUCCAAACACCACGGUCAAACUUCAAGUGCAAAGUGAACCAUGUUAUGCAUCUGAGACCAGGCAUGGUAUGAUCCUGACAGUAGUGGGUUUAGAUGGGAACAAUUGCACAUACCCUUUGGCAUAUGCAGUUGUUGAAGCAGAAAACUUUAAUUCAUGGACCUGGUUUUUAACUAACUUAGGAGAUGAUCUUGGUUUGUAUGCAAACUCCAACUUCACUUUCAAAUUAGAUAGACAAAAGGGGUUAUUGCCUGCACUUGAGAAACUUUUCCCAGCAGCAUAG